UUUCUGAAGCGCUUAUAUAUACUGUGUAGGUUAUUCGACGUUGAUAUCAUCAGUCUCAUCAUACAAUCUGAUAGACUGUGAAAAAGUGGCAGAGGAAAUGGUGUUCUUACGAGAAAUAUUAUUCCUGUUGAAGUCCAUUUGGACCAAAAUCCUGAAUGUGUUGGUGCACAAGGACUUCCAUGAAGCAAUUGCUAAGAUGACCCUCCUCGACACCCUUUUAUUUUUGGUUGUGCACUACAUUGACAGGUUUGGAGUGUGGCAUCGCAUGCCAGUGAUACUUGGGCUAAUUUACCUGGCCACUCGACGCCACAUUCAUCAGCAAUACAACUUGAUCAACGUUGGGAUACAUCCCGUUAAUGUUAGGAACAAUCCAGAGGACUACCCUUACCGGAAACAGGAUGGAUCGUACAAUGAUCCCUUCCAAGGUGCUGGUGGCUAUAAAACUUUCUUUGGCAGAAAUAUGUUACCUUCUACACAGAACGAUAAGCUCCUAAAACCGGAUCCCAUCGUGGUUGCCACUAAACUUCUAGCUCGUAGAAAUUACAAAGAUACAGGAAAGCAGUUCAACAUCGUAGCAUCCUCUUGGAUUCAGUUUAUGAUACAUGAUUGGGUCGAUCAUCUUGAGGAAACCUCCCAGAUGAAUGAGCUUACAGCUCCUGAAUCGGUUGCUAGCCAAUGUCCACUUCGUUCUUUCAAGUUUCUCAAAACAAAGGAAGUUUCGACCGGUUUUUUUGGAAUUCCGAAGGGCCACUUGAAUAUUCGUACUUCUUGGUGGGACGCAAGUGUGGUAUACGGAAGCUACAAGGAAAGACAAGAUAGAGUGAGAAGCUACCAAGAUGGGAAACUGAAGAUCGCAGAAAAUGGCCUUCUUGCCCGAGAUGAUGAUGGCAUUGCCAUCUGCGGUGAUGUACGUAAUAGCUGGGUUGGUGUCUCAACCUUGCAGGCUCUUUUCAUUAAAGAACACAACGCUGUUUGUGAUGCCAUUAAGGCUGAGGACCCAUCCUUGAGCGACGAAGAUUUGUAUAGGUAUGGCAGGCUGGUAGUCUCGGCUGUCAUUGCAAAAGUCCACACCAUUGACUGGACUGUUGAGCUCCUCAAAACUGACACUAUGCUUGCAGGCAUGCGUGCUAACUGGUAUGGAUUGUUAGGAAAGGAAUUCAAGGACCAAUACGGGCACGUUGGAGGAGCAAUAUUGGGAGGUUUAGUUGGUAUGAGGAAGCCUGUUAACUACGGUGUCCCCUAUUCUUUAACCGAGGAAUUUGUUGGCGUUUAUAGAAUGCACUCCCUUCUUCCUGAUUCUCUUCAGUACCGAGACAUCUCAGCUAGUCCAGGACCCAACAAACAGCCACCGUUGCUCCAAGAGGUUCCUAUGAAAGACCUUAUUGGUCACAAGGGUGAAAUGGCCUUGGACAAAAUUGGGUUUGAGAAGCAGAUGGUAUCAAUGGGUCAUCAGGCUUGUGGAGCCCUAGAACUUUGGAAUUACCCCAUAUGGCUUAGGGAUCUUGUAGUACAUGAUGAGGAUGCUAAAGAGAGGCCUCACAAUGUCGACCUUGCAGCUCUUGAAGUUUAUAGGGAUAGGGAGAGGAACGUUGCUAGGUACAACGAGUUCAGGAGGGGAUUGCUGCUAUUGCCAAUAGAAAAAUGGGAAGAUUUAACGGAUGAUAAAGAAGCUGUUGAAGUUCUGAAAGAAGUGUAUGGUGAUGAUAAUGUUGAAGAUCUUGAUCUGCUUGUGGGACUGAUGGCUGAGAAGAAGAUCAAAGGGUUCGCCAUCAGUGAGACGGCCUUCGUGAUUUUCCUUCUCAUGGCAACCAGGAGGUUGGAAGCUGAUAAAUUCUUCACAAGCCACUACAAUGAAGAGACGUACACAAAGACAGGACUUGCAUGGGUGAAUAGCACAGAGAGCCUUAAAGAUGUCAUAGACCGACACUACCCAGGAUUGACUCAAAAGUGGAUGAACUGUGAAAGUGCUUUCUCAGUUUGGGAUUCACCCCCUAAACCUCGCAACACUACCCCUCUCUAUUUCCGCAUUCCCAACUAGACCCUUUCUUCUCUGUUUCAACUUUCUUACAUCAAUGCAUGCGUCACCUGGAUGCUUCAUGUGAUGACUAUAAAUAAUUCCUCUCUCUCAGUCUCUCUAUUUCCAGUUUACUUUAAAUAAAGUCUCUUUUGGCAUCCAUACAAA